AUUCUGCCUCUGGUCCCCAGCCCGCAGGGGGUGGUACCGAGGGGCAGAAAGAGGGAACAUCUUUUGCAUUUGUGUGGCAGAGGCAGGAGAAACAGUGGAAAGUGAUCAUCACUCACUUGCUCUGGGGACAAAGCACCCCCAUAUCUGGGGUGUUGAUCCCUGGGAAAGCUUUUCUUCCACAGCUGCUGGUCUGCACCGGUUCAGCGGGGAUGAAGCGUUCGGUCACUCAUGCUGCCCAGGCAUUGGCAGCAGGGUGCCAGGUUGAGAGAACACAGAGCCCACUCCGCGGGCCGGGUCUGGGCCGUUUGGCUCGGUUCCCUGGGCCAGGGCCUCCCGGCCAGCGCCUGUUGGGUUUGGGGGCUUUGCUUCCCCCGUCAGGACCUGGGCCACCAUUCUGUGAGCCAGGUCUGGGGUCCCUGUUCCUUCCAGAAGGGCCUGGGCCACCGCAGGGUCUCAGUGGCCCCUCUCUGCUGCUGCUCUUUCAGACAAAAAAAAAAAAAAAAAUUUUGAGCUGCUAGCUCUUUCAACUCUUUUGCAAGCCUGUUCCAGGACUAAAAGGGACUUUCAGCAAUGUCAAAGAGGAACAUCUUCAGUUUGGACUUUUUCCUGAAACUUAGCUGUUUGGACUUGAAGCAAUGAACUUUCUUUGCAUCGUUUUUGUAUUUUUUUCUAUCUUGAGAUUGUUUUGGUGAUAUGAUGGAAUUUGGUGUUUUGCAGGUAAAGAAUUUCCCUGAUGGUUCCACACCAUUAUUUGAUUGAUAUUUUGAUUGGCAACACAUAGCCUCUCAGGUGCUUGUUCUUUCCUCUGCUUGGUCCAGCAGAUGAAAUUGCAAACAUUUUUCCUUUUAAUUUAUUUAAAAUAAAAAGGGUGAGAUGUCACCAACAUGUUUGAUGAAAAAUCCUUUCCUUGGAUUUUUCCCCUCCUGAGAAACUGAGAGGCCUCAGGAACAAACUGUAAACAAUUCUUAUCUGCUGCUGUGGAAUGCAACAGGGGGGGAAUCUGUGAUUGGUCUCAUCUGGUUGUUUCCAGUUAAGGGCCAAUCACCGGUCAGCUGUCCGGCCGGUCUUGGUCUGAGAGAAGACCUUUGUUAUUCAUUCCUUUUCUAUUCUUAGCUUAGCCUUGUAGUGAAAUCCUUUCCUCUAUUCUUUUAGUAUAGUUUUAAUAUAUUGUCUAUCAUAUAAUAAUAAAUCAAGCUUCUGAUACAUGGAGUCAACUUUCUCGUCUCUUCCCUCAUCCUGGAACCCCUGAGAACAAGACCACAUUAUUGAUGCCCAUAAAACUGGAGAACAGACUUGGAGCUGCUCGAUUAUCUCUGUGCAGAGCAAAUGACUGGAUACUGCAGCAUCACAAGUCCUCUGUGGGCUCUCCUCUCACCUCUAAUCAGUGCAGUAGGAUGCUUUAAAAGUCUGAAGUAGAUGAAAUGACUUUUCUCACUCUUCCUUGGCUUUUUUGCUGGGACAGGGAGACCUCUGACUUGAUAACCUGCCUUGCGGACCUGCAGCACAACAACCAGAAGCUUCGGGAAGAGAACAACAAGCUGAAGCUCAGCAUGGAAGCUUUGGAUGAGACCAACAGCAAGCUGCUGGCAGAUAAUGAGCAUCUACAUCAACAAUUAAAAAGUAUCCAGCACUCUGUGUUGAAAGCCAAAUCCCUGGAAGAAGAGCUAGAGGAAGCAAGAAACAACCUGAAGGUGUCAGAAGAGGAAAGAGAGCAGAUUCUUUGGCACAACAGACAGCUGGAGAAAGAAAAUCAGUCUCUCAACAUCAAAGUUACUUCUCUCCAGGAAGAGAUCCAAGCCCAAAUCUAUGAGAGCACUGUGGUGAAUAAAGAGGCAAGCCUAAUCCAGAAGGAGCAGGACAUCAAGGAACUCAAGUUAACCAUUGUGGAGUGUUCCUCAAUCAUAGAGACUCUGAGGGCUGAAAAAAAUCAACUGCUGGAGAAGAUCCAACACAUGCAGCAAGAGCUGAUCUCGAAUGGGUUGAGUUUGCCAUUGUUGUAUGAAUUUCACAGCAAUAUUCCUGAAGGGACGAGUACACUGCACUGUGAACUGGAGCUUGCAGAGUCCUCUGAGCAAGAGGAAGCCUCUGAAGCAGAGGAGCUUGUCAUGGCUUCAUUAGAAUGGGUGAAAGAUCCUGAUGAAGACAUGCAACAGGCCUGGGAAAGAAAACUUGUGGCCCUCAAGCAAGAACUAGGAGAAAAAAGACAUCUUUGGACCCAGAAACUCCAGCUUUUGGAAAAAUGCAAUGAGUCCUUAGACAAGGAUUUUAUUCGAGUGGCAGGCAACCUGAGGAGAACCAAGACAGAGCAACUUCACCUAAGGAAAGAGCUCUCUGCUAGCCAGCACAAGAUAGAAACUGCCAAACAGCUACUAGAAGAAAUUGCUGGCGAGGCAGAAGCCCUGUGUUUAGAGCUGCAGGAAGUCAGCAAGGAGCUGGAGGAUGCCAGCAAGCACGCGGAGGAUCAAGUUGAAGCAUUUCACUCUCUUCGUGAAGAAGCAACAUCCUUGAAGAGCAAGUUGGAGGAAGCCAUUUCUGAGCAGCAGAAGCUCAGGGAUGUGAAUGCUGCUUUAGCAAGCACUUGCCAAUUGCUUCAGGAGAAGGUGGAAGACCACAAAACAACUGCUAAUGCCCUGAGAUGGGAACUGCUGCAGAGGCGUCUCUGUGAAUUGCUGUGCCAGUGCUGUGCAGAGUUAGAGUCUGGCUCCGCUCUGCUGCCCACAUUAGCUGAACACGUAAAAGGGAAGCAGCUCCACUGCUCCAAAAGACCAUGGAAUGAAGGACCCACCUCAUGCUCUGACUUUCCCUGGGCACUGCCCUCGGGUGCUUCACACUGGCACAACUCCCCUCUGCUAGAUGCUCUGAGCUUGGAGACCUGCUGCCCAAAUAACCCUCCUGGGCACAGCCGGGACCAGCCUUGCAGGCAGAGCUCUGGCAGCUGCACCUUGGAGAGGUAUGAUGUGGGACACCUGUCCAGCUCAGAUGUGACAUCAGGAGAAUGCAGGUGGAAAAUAUGCUCUGCUGAUGACUACACUGAUGCAGACCUUCCUGUUUCCAUUACAAUGAUGGACUCUUCACUUGCUGAGAUUGACCAUGAGGAGUCAACACCACCAGCCACGCUGAUCACAUCCAGUGAUCGCUUAACAUCAGUCCAAGAAGCUCUUGCAUCCUCAGUGGAAAGCACAGUGGUACCGGGGUGCCUUGUUACGGAGGAAAGAUCAUCCAAGGGCUUAUGUGAGAGAGGGGAAGGUGUGCCAACUUCCAUGGCAAUGGAGACACAUAGCAAUAAGGAGCCAGCUGCUCCCGUGGCAGGAUCAAGUCAGAUCAAGAGGGAAUCUUCCCUGGCCAUGGAAGAACACGAGUUUCAAGAUGUUUUGAAACAAGACCAGGAAGUGGACCAGGAAAAGAAAAAUAAUAAAGAGCGGAGUGAGGAAGCUCCAGCUGUGGUUCCCAGCAGGAAAGGGAGUUCACCCACUGCAGGUGGCAUUAAAGGAGAUAAAACCAAGCAAAAUGAGCUUGACUCCCCAAAUGAGAAGGAAGUGGAGGCUGAAUUUUUGAGGCUGUCUUUAGGUUUUAAGUGUGACUUGUUUACCUUGGACAAAAGAGUGAAGCUUGAAGAGAGGUCCCGAGACCUGGCUGAAGAAAACUUGAAAAAGGAGAUCACAAAUGCUAUGAAUAUGUUAGAGGCAUUAGUUCCUUUGUGUGAAGAAGAUAACCAGGCACAGGAGAUCAUUAAGAAGCUGCAGAAAAGCCUGCAGUUCCUUAGCCAAUAUGCAGCUCGAGUUGCCGGCAGAGCAGAGAUGUUGGGAGCUAUUAAUCAGGAGAGCCGGGUAAGCAAGGCUGUCGAGGUGAUGAUCCAGCAUGUGGAGAACCUGAAGCGCAUGUACACCAAAGAGCAUGCCGAGCUCGAGGAGCUCAAGCAGGUCCUGCUCCAGAACGAGAGGUCCUUCAGCUCCCUUGGAGACAGAGAUGAAUCUAUAAACAAGAAGCUGCCAGGUCCUUUUAGCUUUAAGCCCUCGUCAGCCCUGCGGAGAGUUAGCAUUGCAGCAGUGCCCAGGAGUGCUGGGAAUGCAGGGAUUGGGGUGCCACUGGCCCAGUUCCACGAACCUGAUGGGGAUGAAUGGAGUGACAGAUUGAGCAGGAGAUCAAGCAGUUGGGGCAGGCUGGGGGUGAAGCAGAAUGAGAAGCGUCCUUCACUGCAGAGGUUCCUCAGCACCUAUUCCUGGGCAGAGUAUGAAGAGGAGCCUUUUGAAACCAAGAAUGAGCAGUUGGAAUCACCUGCUGAAGUACAGGAACAACCAACUAGGAAAGAAAGUGUCUCUGAAAAAGGAAAAUACACACCCAAAUGGACUCUGGAGUCAAUGUACAAUUCGGUGUCAGCGUGUGCGUCCCACUUCAAGGCUUCCUUUUGCAACGCCGACAAAACCCUCUGGGUGUCUGUGUCCAUCCUAGUCCUGCUGGCUGCUCUCACCAGCUUCCUGAUGGGGCUGUCCCUGCAGAGGCCAGCAGAUGCAGCCCCUGUGGGCACCGGGGACGCCUGGAGGUUGCUGCAGCAGCUGCUGUGGCCCCACAUAGGACUGCGGCACUACGGCCCUCCCCCGAUAUAACCCUGGCUCUGCUGCCAGGGCUCCCUGCCACGCUGUGCAGGACAGGGGCUGGAGCUGGCCUUAUUUAAGGUCACUUGUCUGGAUUUGUUUUGUUGGGUUGUGGGUAUUUUGGGGGGAGGAAACGAAGUUUUUUCUUUAAAGCAUGACUUGAAAAAAAAAACCAUCUUUUUCCCAUUCUGACAAAAGUCAUCUUUAAAAGUAGCUAAAAGGGUCUCAGUUCUCCUGAAGUUUACUAAAGAAUAGCAAUUUUGAACGUAGCUAACAAUAAACAUGUCUAGGUGGUCCAGCCACAA